AUGCUUGACCUGUAAUCUAUUAACAGUUUUCCUUGUCCAGAUAUAUGUGGAGAUGGAAUCACAAGUGGUCUUGAAGAAUGUGAUGAUGGUAAUAAUAUUUAAUUUGACGGUUGUUAUGAUUGCAAGUUAGAUUGCUAAGUUUAAUGUACAAAAUGUAUAAGAGGUUUAUGUUAUGAAUGUUUAACAUAUGGUUGGAUUAUCAACAUUGAUACACUGUAAUGUAUUGAGAACUGCGGAGAUUCAAUAGUUAUAGGGUCAGAAGAAUGUGAUGAUGGAUAUAAUCUGGAUGAAAAUGAUAAUUGUUUUUAAUGUAAGAGACUAUGCAGGAAUGAUUGCAAAACGUGCAGUUCAAAUGGAAAUACUUGUUUGGAAUGUAAAGUUGUUGGAUUUAAACCUUAAAGCUAUUUUUGUGUUAAUAUUUGUGGGGAUGGGUACCUUGCAGUUGAUCCCUUUGGAAGAAAUACAGAGGAAUGCGAUGAUUUUAAUUUAAUUGACAAUGAUGGAUGCAGCUCGAUUUUUUGUUUGACUUGCCUGAAUGGAAAAUGUUUACAAUGCAUUGAUCAUUAUUACCUUGAUACUAAAAGCAAUAAAUGUUUAGAAUUAUGCAAUGAUAAUAUAAAAGUUGGAAAUGAAGCAUGUGAAGAUAUGAAUACUUUACUUUAUGAUGGCUGUUAUAAUUGUUAAUUAUCUUGUCAACCUAGUUGUUUAAAUUGCUAAGUAAAUGGUUGUUUGUAAUGUUAAGUAGGAUUCUAAUUGAUUCAAAAUAAAUGUCACAAUAUUUGUGGUGAUGAAUUAGUUGUUACUGGGGAAGAUUGUGAUGAUGGCAAUAUCAACCCUUUUGAUGGUUGUCAUUUUUGUUAAUUUCAUUGUGGUCCUAAUUGCUAAUUAUGUGUAUCAGGAGGAUGUUUACGUUGUUAAUUAGGACUUAAAUUAUUUAAUGGAGUUUGUCUAAUUUAAUAGAGUGAAAAUAUUUAAAUUAUCCAAUAAGAUAAUCUAUCAUAAUAAAAUUAUAUGAGUUAAUCUUAUAUAAAAAAAUGUCGGUAAUAGAUCAAUGAUG